AUGACACCUAUCUCUGCUUUGCAGGCCUUCUCCAGCGACAUCAACCGGGCAUACGACGUGUCUUUACUUCUUGUGGUGGGAAUCACGCUGGCUACAGCAAUCUUGAUUUGGAUCAUGAGGCCAUAUGCGCAACCACAGGCGAACCAACUGCAACUUUGUGGCUUCGUGGCCUUGGCAAUCGCGGCCCUGGGCUUUGUGAAGCAGAAGAUAUGGCUCAGUCGAGCUGCUCUCUUGUUGCCGUUCUUGGUCUCCGGAGCCCAGGCUUUAUUUUGCCCUGACAGCCCUGCCAGCCUGGCUGGCCGCCUUUGGAGGCAGCUGGAGCCAGAGAUCGCCGACCUGAAGAAGGGUGCGAAGCAAGAGGUGGCAGCAUCUUCGUUCUUCAUCGUCAGCCGGGGUGAAUGUGUGGAGAUCGAGAUGACAGUAGCAUUGGCCCCAGAGCAAUGA